AUGGUCAAGCUUGAUGGGCGAUGCUUGUGUGUCCAGCAGUGCUGCUGCAUCAAGCUGCCGCUGCCGCCUUCGCCAGCCGGCAUGAUCGACCGUGUCCGCCAAACAGUCAACACCAUCCCAACGCAAGGCUGUGAUGCAGCGCAGUGCGACGGAAGGUCCUGCACUCCACCGAGAAGCAGCGGGACCACGCCGAAUUUUGACUGCCUUCUGGCAUGGUGCCAUUGGGAGUGCAGCGCCGAAACACCAUGGGCGAGAGGGGUUGCCAUCGCUGAUUGCACAGCUGCUUGCCUUACCAUUAUUGUGGAGUGGGCACCCAAGCGUCAGAGAAGGAAGGAUGACGUUGCAGCCGAUGUCUGUAGCAAAAAGAGACGGGCUUGCAUUCUCAUGCCGUCCAAGUGGUGGCAAGUAGUUGCAGAUGGCAGGACUUCCAAUUACCCGCUUGACAGGGCCUGUGAUCAGCUGGGGCAGAGCGCCCAUACCUUCCACGUGAAGGAAGAGGGAUUGACAGCUGAUCUCGAACGCAACGUGGCCGACGCCCAGAUGAAAGCAGGGGCAAAGACCGAGGAACAGAUACUCUCGGACAACGUCCGUGUUACCAACAUCCAGGACUGCAAGGAGCAAAACAUCUUGCAGCUUGGGGUGGCCGUGAACUUUGUGCAGGACUUGGGCUGCAGCUUGCCAUCAGUUGCGGACCUUUCCGUGCCGGUGGGCCCGAACUCAAAAUCCAAUGUAAGCAGUUUGGCCAUGCGCGGUGCCCUUGUUGGCCUUGCCGGAGCAGUAAAAGACAUGCCGCGGGGUCCGGCAGGCAGUGGCUACAACGAUGAGCCGGCCACAAAUUCGAAGCUCCAGCCGCAGCAGCUGCCUACGUUGCUUCACUCCCCUCGAAAGGCCUCGCCUUCAAAGCCAAAGAAGCAGCCUGCCUUCCAAGGCGUUGCAGAAGUCAGCUGGGAAAGAUUUCUGCCGGACUAUAACUCGAAGCUUGGCACCGGCGCCUAUGGUGGUGUUUAUUCGGUGCAAGGUAAUCCGGACAAGGUGGUCAAACUUUUCGAUCGGGGCGAUUGGAAUGAUGUAAUGAAGGAGUCGGUGUUUGCGCAGGACAUGAAGGCCCGGGAUCCCUCCCACUACGUGGACUGUCUCGGAGUUGGCAAUACGCCAGAAGACGAUGGCAACAAGCUUUUUGCUGUCUUCGAGCGGGCCGCAGGCAUUACCCUUCAUUCUGCAGCACACCGAUUUCACUCUGGAGAUGGAGUAAGCCAU